AUGCCCUCAUACUCCCUCCGUCCUUUCGCGCGCUUCGAAGCGCACACGCUCCCUCUCGCUGAGAUGAGCCUGCCGCCGAACGGUCCAUCGUCGACCGAUGGCCCUCGUCUUCCUAUCCCACGCAAAAAGGCGCCGGGCUGCACAAAGGAAUAUAAUCAUGGAGAGCGGAAACGGUGGGGCGCUGAACAAGACUCCAGCACAGCAGCGCGACAUCGAAGCCUGUCUCACGGCAUUAGAAAAUGGACACUGCAGAUGGCGCUGAUCCAGACACAAUUCCAAGGACCCAUAGUGAUCCCGGCCGGCCUUCGCCGUGAUAGCAACACCCGCCCAAAGCGAGUGAAUUACUACCCUAAGAGUUUCAAAGUCAGAAUGCACAAGCAUUUCACGAAAUCCUCUGCCGUCAUGAAUAUAGGAUUUCACGCGUGGCCGAUAUCCAAUGCCUCCAUUUCUUCUCUCCUUGACCAGGCCAGCCUUGAUUACAGUGAAUCCACACAUCAGCUGGAGUUUCGCUCUGCUCCUUUACAAGUGUCUGCCCUCUGCGACACUGAAAUAUGCCAUCUGUCCAUGACCACUCUUCGCGCUGCUGAGUCGUUGCAACUGCCCGGGAGCUUUGCGAAACGGGAAUAA